AUGCAAUUAUAAGGGAGCAGGCGAUGCACUUCAAGUUGAUUUGCUCAAUAAUCCCGAGCAAGUGGCUACCAAUCAAGCACUCGCAUGGAAAGUAGGCGUGUGGUUUUAUACGGACAAACAAAUGAGUGCGCCAUGUCAAGCCGGUGAUUUUGCUGCAUCGACUCGCAUUAUCAAUAGUGGAGAAUGUGGUGGUGGUGCGCUAUCGGAUCGACAAGCACAACGUGUUGAAAAGUACAAGAAAAUUCGUGGCUGCUUUGGCCUUGGGGAACCAUCGACAAAUCCCACGUGUUAA